CACCACCGGAAUGAACCUCCCUCACGCCGGAUAUGGCCGCUGGUAAUGCACUUUCAGUACGGCUGAGUAUAGACUGCACGUUAUCUCCCGCUGACUUUACCGGAAACACAGGGCCUCAGCCUCUGGGCAGAGGGAAUGGGGGAUUUCCUAUUAAGUGUACAGAGACGUCUGGUAUAAUAUUACCAGAACAGGUUACACCCAGUGUAAAUGCCAUGUAAGUAUGUGAAGUAAAAGUAUUUACUAAAUAAGAUAACAGGACUGCUGUGUAAUGACGAUACUGUGAGUAUUAUACUUAUUACAGUAAUAUGAAACCGUUUGUACAGCAGUCGAUCACGGUCCAUUAUCUGAUCCGACCAGAGCCGGUGGUUAGUAUAACGGCACUGGGACGUGUCACCGUGUGUGUUCAUGAUCCUAAACUCCGAUUCUAUCAAUAGUUCAUUCAGAAACCGUUACUACAGUUGCUACGGGCUGUCAGUCAGUAAUGCGCGUUACCAUGGCGACACACAACACUUUAUAAACAAAACGUAUUGUCAAAUGGUGUCUAUAAUGUCGUUGCAGUUGACUUCAAAUUCCACUCGCUUAUUUAUUCAAAGGUCUUGAAAUCUCCCUCUUUCAGAUCAAGUCUACCUCUCAAUGUGUUUGAAAUAAUGCCGCUUCUUUUUCUGGAUUUUCUUGUUGUUAUUCUGUCUCUCACUGUUCAAAUAAACCUACCAUUAAAAUUAUAGACUGAUCAUUUCUUUGUCAGUGGGAAAACGUACAAAAUCAGCAGGGGAUCAAAUACUUUUUUCCCCUCACUGUAUAGAGACUGUGUCUGUUCCCCGAGCUAUACAAAUAUAUAGAAAAUCUCAGAAAGUCUGUCUUCGUAACCUAAUUAACAUAAAAUUAAAUCAUAUUGAAUGCACAGCCAGCACUUUUGAUCUGAAGCUAGGACUAUAAACAUUAGAUCUCUUGCGUCUAAGGCUCUUAUUGUUAACGACAUCAUUACUGAUCAGGAAUGUAAUUUAAUGUGUUUAACAGAAACUUGGAUUAAACCAAACGAGUACAUAGCAUUAAAUGAAGCCAGUCCUCCUGGAUACAGUUAUGUACAUCAGCCUCGUUCAACUGGUAGAGGAGGAGGUGUUGGUCUCAUCCAUAGUAAAAAUCUAGUCGUCACACAAAAACCUAGUCAUAAAUUUAAUUCUUUUGAAAUUCUUUAUACCAGUAUAACUUAUGUAGCCACAAAAAAUAAGUCAAUUCCUCUAAUUAUUAUUUACAGACCCCCAGGGCCAUAUACUGAAUUUCUUAGUGAAUUUGCAGACUUUGUCUCAAACCUGGUUGUGUAUGUAGAUAAAGCAUUAAUCGUCGGAGACUUUAAUAUUCAUUUUGAUAACCUGGAAGACCCUCUAAGAUUAGCGGUUGUGUCCAUCUUAGAUUCAGUAGGGAUUAAUCAGAACGUAAUCGGGCCUACUCAUAAUGGUGGUCACACUCUUGACCUCAUACUAACAUACGGACUAAGUAUAGAAAAUAUUAUAAUUUUUCCGCAGUCUGAAGUUGUCUCAGACCAUUAUCUUAUCUCGUUCAUAAUACGAAUUGAUCAUAAUAUUUCCACCUCGCCUCGCUACCGCGUAAAACGUACCUACACAUCAGGUACUGCACCGAGCUUCAUAAAUAACCUCGCAGAAACAUCAAUUAGAUUUGGAUCACCGUCUGAUCCCAUAGAACUCGAUCAGGCGACUGAAAGCUUGGAGUCAACACUCCGCUACACGCUGGAUAGAGUGGCUCCACUCAAAAGAAAAAUAAUUAGAGAAAAAAAAUUAGCACCCUGGUAUAACGAUCAAAUGCGAACCUUAAAACAGACAACUCGACAGUUAGAACGUAAAUGGCGUCAAACCAAACUGGUGAUAUUUCAAACAGCAUGGAAGGAGAGCCUACUGAAAUAUAGGAAAUCUCUUGGUGAUGCUAGAAAAAUCUAUUUCUCCACCUUAAUAGGAGACAACAAAAACAAUUCUAGAUUCCUUUUCAACACAGUAGCAAAAUUAACUAGGAAUAAAACCACUACAGAGAGAAACACUCAAUCAUUACAUAGCAGUGAAGAUUUCAUGACAUUUUUCAUUGAUAAGGUUGAAAAUAUUAGACGUGAAAUACAGGCCAUUAAAUUAAAACCGGACAGUACUGUAACAAACCCAUUACAUGACAAUGUAGCAAUAUCGGAUCAAUGUUUAGAGUGUUUUGCUUCGCUUAGAGAGACCGAACUAGCUACAUUAAUCUCUUCAGCCAAUUCAUCAACUUGCAUACUAGAUCCCGUACCUACAUGUUUGUUUAAACAGAUUUGUCCUGGAGUAAUUGAACCACUUUUAAAUAUAAUCAAUUCUUCCCUAAGCACUGGCUAUGUACCUAAAUCACUUAAAUUAGCAGUUAUUAAACCCUUGAUUAAAAAACCUGAUCUUGACCCGUCUCAAUUGUCCAGCUAUAGACCUAUAUCAAAUCUCCCCUUCAUCUCUAAGAUUUUAGAAAAGGUUAUAGCAAAGCAGUUAUGCUAGUACUUAGAUAGGAAUAACAUUCAUGAAAUGUAUCAGUCAGGGUUUAGACCUCAUCAUAACACAGAGACAGCGUUAGUUAAAGUAGUAAAUGACCUACUGACCUCUGAUCAGGGUUGUGUCUCGCUGCUUGUGUUACUCGACCUUAGUGCAGCUUUUGAUACUAUAGAUCACACUAUUCUCCUUGAUAGAUUAGAAAAUGUUUGUGAACAGUCCUCU